GUCCCAGCGUCCUAACCCUGCACGCUUCCCAUCCCUGAAGAAAGUGGCUCGGGCGGGUCAUACCGAAAGGCGAGGAAAAGAAAGCGAAGGAAGGGGGAAAGUCUGUUUCUUUCCCUCCAGCCCCACGCCGUGGAGUGUGGAAAGGGCUCCCAGGAAAAGCAGCGAGCCUCCUGAGAGUGUCCAGGGAGGGUAAAAGUUGGCGUGUUUCUUUCGGAGCGGGCGGGCGCCUUAAGGAAAGUCCAGUCGGGAGGCAGCUUGUUGUGGAGGAGGCAGCGCACAGUUGCUCCCCGGGAACCCAGGUAACCGAGGCGCUCUCGACAUGGACUGAAGACUUCCCUCGCUUUCGGGGGCAUAAACCCCCACUCCCACCCCCAAAUUUGGAGCCUGCACAAAGAAGAGAGAACCAGAGGAGGACAGGACUCCAGCCUUGGCUGCCUGGGCCUACACCAGAGUAGCCCACAAAAGAUGGCCGAAGGAGCCCGCACUGCUGCUUCACCACCUGGGCCCGGAGCCAGAGGAGGAGGUGGCAGCAGUGGUUCCUCGGGCACCUGGUGGAAAUCGCUGACCAGCCGGAAAAAGACCAAGGAGGCACUCUCGACGGCUGCAUCCGGCUCUUCUUGGCCGCCUUCCUCUGAGGUCUCGGAGGCACCACCGCCUUGCCCGCCCAGCCCCUCAGAAGCCCGGGAGGGCCAGCAGCCCGGCGUGGGGAGUGGGAGCCGGAGGAACCUCAAGAUCUCCCGCUCGGGGCGCUUCAAGGAGAAGCGGAAAGUGCGCGCCGCCCUGCUGGCUGAGAGUCCUCAGAAGCUCUUCGAGGGUGAAGGGAACAGUGCCGCUGCCAACAACAACAGCGGAGAAGCGCCCUGUCAGUGAGGGACUUGCAUUGAAGGAGACUGCCUGAGCAGCAGAGCCAAGGAAGGAAGAGGAGCUUAGGCUGGGGACAGAGAGAAGCAUCUUGUUGGUCUCUCUUGCUUCCCUUUCAAGCCAGGAGGACACAAACAGCCUUAGUCCAAGGCCUGUAGACGCUCUCUCUCAUGAAGCAUACAGAACAGAAACAUGUACUGAGAGGCACAAGGAGGCCAAUGACUGUCGAUUGUAGAUCAGGCCUGGGCAAACUUGGACCCUCCAAGUGUUUUGGACUCCAAUUCUCACCAUUCCUAACAGC